AUGGAAUUUUGGAAAAGAUAUUUACAACAGGAAAAACUUCUAGCUACCUGCCGUGAAUUUAUUUUGGAAAGCUCAGAUUUGAAAGAAUAUGCAGAGCACUGUACAGAGGAUGGGAUUAUUCCAGCCUGUUUGCUGUCCUUGUGUGGAAAAAACUUGACAACUAUUCUUAAUGAAUACGUAGCCAUGAAAACAAAAGAAACAACAAAUGAAGUUCCAGCAAUGAUGUCAUCUCUGUGGAAAAAAUUAGACUAUACACUUUCUCAGAUCAGGAGCAUGCAGAAUUCCACAGGAUUUUCGGCUAAUCAAAGGACACGUACAAGAAGUGGAAUUGUAGAAAUGAAAAGACAAAGAAUGCUCCAGCAGUCGACUCCUGCAAACUCAGGAUUGUUGUCAGUAGCCCAUCAGUCAGGGCCACAGAAUUCCUCUUCUAUUGUAUCUCCUCAAGUUAUUCACAGGCCAACAAUAAAUCAAAGCAUGUCACAGACAAGACUGAAUACGUUGUUUGUUCACCAGUCACAAACCCAAGAAAACAAGAUCAGCACAGGAGAUUUCAUACACAUUCAAGUUCCAGUAUCACAAGAACGAAAGCUUCACUCAAACUUGCUUUCUCCAGGAAGGCGAAAAAGUGAAUCUCAGAAGAGGAAAAGUGUUGCAACAUCUGGACCUCUUUCAGCAGCUAAAAGUUCUCAAGACCCUGAUGAAGUAGUAAUAGAAAAACAACUGGUUAUUGAAAAUGCCAGAGAAAAAAUCUUGAGCAACAAAUCUCUUCAGGAGAAGCUUGCUGAGAACAUUAACAAAAUCCUGGGCAGUGAUGGCAACGUCGCUCAGGCCCCUAAGCAGGCAGAUAGUGGUCCCACGGAACAGGAGACUUCAAUUGAUGAAAUCCUUGGACUUCAGGGUGAAAUUCAUAUGUCGGAAGAGGCCAUACAGGACAUUCUAGAACAGACAGAAUCGGAUCCAGCUUUUCAGGCACUCUUUGACUUGUUUGAUUAUGGAAAGAGCAAGGUAAACAAAAACUUACCUGCUGGUAUUUCUGAUCAGAGUGGAGUAGAAAAUGCAAUCCUGGUGGAUGAGGAUAACCUGGAAACACUUGAAAGUUCUUUAGGAACAGAAGAAACCAGUAGAUGUGAUAAUUCUGGAGAAUCACUAUCCUGUAAAGGUUUUCAGUUAGGAGAAGCGUCGUGCACCUUGAAGACCAGCGUUAACGAUGAUGAUAUGGCUAAGAGAAAUACAACCAACGAACAGUUGCAUGGAAAUUGUAGGCCAAGGAAGCAGACUGAAGUACUGAAAACCGUUACCCCUGAACAUAUUGGAGAGCUUGAAAUUGCGUUGGACUCUGUACCUGGUUUGACUGAACCUAACAAGAGACAGAGUUCCGAUAGCGAAUGUAAUGAACACUGUGGAGAUUCUUACCCUAAAAAAGAGUCGUGUGCAUUAGUAUCUGAAAGUGAAAGAGCUAUGGAAAUUGAAAAAGGCCCACCAGGUCAUAGCGCUCAAAGUAGUCCUAAUUUAGAAUAUGUUCAUUCUGGUAGUCCACAGAUUUCUUUGAUUUCACUGGCAGAAGGUACUACAGCCAGUGAAAACAACACACAUUCCGGAAGUAAGUGUCACUUAUCACCAGAUACAUCACUAUCUGAAAAAACACUUACUAAAAGCCCUUCUGAUGGGAGCCCUGGCCACAGUGUGCUGCGGAGAAAAAACAGUUCAUCAAUUUCUAGCCCAUCAGGGGAUGCGGGAAAAGAACAGGCUGUAACAAAUGAUACAGCUGCCUUACCUGGUAUUUUACAGAACUCUAGCCACUGCUCCAGCCAUCAGGAACAGAGUACACAGUCAGACUGUGCUGCAGGAUCUGCAGCGAAGAUUUCGGAUCUUGACAAAACAGAGUUGCAGCUUGAAGUUGUCGAUACUUCUAACAAACCUUACUCGAAUGAUCAGCAUACACUUGAUAAGCCUUGUAGGAAAGAUUUUAACCUCUCUUCAGGACUGUCAAACUUAGAAGGAGCACAAGGGGAAAUGCAAGAACCUUCAUCUUCUACAAAAGUAGAUGCUGAUAAUAUAUAUUUCUCUUCUGGUGAUGAUGCAUGUACAGAAAUUUCUGUAGUAUCAACCGAAAAUAAUCUUACUACAUCUGAAAUAUGCCAGUCUCCUCUCCCAGAAACGGCAUCCUCAACAGAUGAGUCAGGUACAGAGGCCAAAAGUAUAAGCGGUGUGUCUUCUAGUAGUCAACCAAUGGAUGUUGAUCCUUCUAAUAUAAUGUCCCUCAAGAUCAUCAUCAGCGAUGAUCCGUUUAUUUCAUCAGACACAGAGUUAAAUAAUGCUGUUUCCAGCAUCACAGGAGAAAAUUUGCCGACUAUAAUAUUGUCUUCUCCAGCCAAAUCCCCAACUAAAACCACAGGCCUGUCCAAAUGUCUGACUUCAGAAGACACAGAAAAAAAUGUGGAUUCAGCUUUGGCAGAGCAGAAUCUUCUUAUGCUUAGACCUAAGGAUCCUGUGGUCACCUCAGUUAACACUCAGAAUGAAGACUGCACUGGUUUUUCAGUUGCAGGUACAACUAAUCUUUCCAAGGAAGGGGGAUUUAUACAGUUGAUGCCAGCAACAAGCACAGCUUUUGGGAAUUCAAAUAACCUUUAUAUAGCCACUUGUGUGACUGAUCCAGCUGCCUUGGGCACAGCUGUAACACCAUCAAAUGUAGUUGUAUUGCCCAGCAGUUCUAUGCCGCUUGCUGCCCAAGCUCCAGCUGUACAACAGUUACGGACUCCUCCUAGAUCCACCAAUGCAUUUGCAGCAAACCAGACUGUCUCCCCAAACUUCCCACAAGGUUCUGCCAUUAUAAUUGCAUCUCCAGUGCAACCUGUUUUGCAAGGAAUGGUGGGGAUGAUACCUCUCUCAGUAGUAGGACAAAACGGAAAUACAUUCUCAGCACCUGCCCGCCAGGUUCUGCAUAUGCCUGUGGCUAAUCCCGUGUGCAACAGAAGUGUCCCAAAGCUUCCCAUCCCUCCCAAAUCACAAAAGAUUCCUGGAGCAAGAAAUAAGACUAAUGCAGGAAAACUGGUACCAAGUGGAGCUGAGCCUUUGAACCAUACAAAUUCUCGAACACAAAGGACUGGAAACUCAGACAAACUUAUCACUGCAGAACUAGGAAGGAAGGUGGAGGAGAACUUACCUGUUGCACCAGUGGAGAGCACAAGCUCAAAUUCAAGACAAAGUGAAAGUCACAGGAGAGUGCUUUGCUUUGAUAAUGUCCUACCUGCUCCAGGAGGAAACGCCCAAAUUCAGACUACUAAGAGUUUAUCCCAGAAAGAAAGAAAUGAAAAUACUUUAUUUGCUGUUGAUUCUGCGUCGUCCUCUGCUAAGGCACAGGUAGCAAAGAGAGAGAAAGAUAAAACGUUGCCUCGAAUUCUGUGUAAGCCAGAAGUUGGUAGCAACAGAAGCGCAUCUGCAAAGGAGCCACAGCCCGAGCGGAAGGUGGCAACUGCAGGACUUCCGUUAGAUCCCUUCCACAAGACUACAGCAAAUAAGGAAAAUGAAUUACGACGCGAUACUGAUGAAAAACAGAAGAACCAGGACACUGCCAAACUCUCAAAUGGCCAACAAAGCGUUAGCUUAUGGAGUGAGAAGACAGUUACUUCAGUACAAGAGCUGAACAAAAAGCAAGGGUCGCUGUCGAAUGGGAAUAGCAAAUCUUCAGUGCCUGUUUCUUUAUCUUCGAAGGAGCCAAAACGAGAACCAGCUAAAGUUUCCAGCCAAGGCCUUUGCCUGUCAAGUCCAUUCACUAAACAAUGCGUGGAAAUGUUGCAAGACAUUCAGUGGCAUAGCCCAACUAGUAAAACAGUUGAAAAUGGAGAAUUGCCAGUACCCCGUACGCCAUCUGGAGUUGGGGACAGGCAUACAGAUGAUACUACAGAUAGCGUACGGACACCAACCUGUCGGCGCUUCAACGAGGACAGCACGACCCCUAGAAUAAUGGUACCCCCUGCUACGCCAGACUUGCCUGCCUGCAGCCCCGCUAGUGAAACAGGUAGCGAAAAUAGUGUCAGUAUGGCUGCUCACACGCUGAUGAUACUGUCACGGGCGGCUAUCGCAAGGACUAGCACGGCAACCCCCCUGAAGGACAAUACUCAACAGUUCAGAUCUUUAAGGAGCACAGUAAAGAAAAGGAAACUAGAGGACUUGAAUGAGGGCGAGAGAAAUUCUCGUUCUGCAAAUAGGAAAGACCUUCAAAGCUCUCCAACACCAUCAAAAAAGAAGAAAAUAAAGCCAGACAUGGAAAAAUUUGCAUCUCAUCUUUCUGUUUAA